AUGGACACCAACGACGACACGGACGCAACGGCCACCGGCAUCGAGCUGGGUAGCGUCACGCACGCGCGGCGCAGGUCGAGCGCCGGCGCCGGUGCUGGCGCUCGGCCCUUCGCGACGGCGUUUGCGCUCACGCCGCUCGAGCCGGCCGGAGAGGACACCUCCGCCGCCGUGUCCUCCGCCUUCGCAAGCACAGACACCGACGACACCGCAACGGCGGGCAUGACCAUCGCCGAGCGGCGCGCAUCGCGCGGCUCCCGCUCCGAGUCGUUCGCGUUCGCCAACCGCACCAUCGCGAUCCCGCAGCUCACGCCCCCACCCGACUCACCGUUCGAGGACGACGACGAGCGCGCCGAGCUCGAGGCAAAGUUGCCUGCGCCGAGCCCGGUCGCGCUGCCCGACUCGCUCGGCGUCGCGACUGCGCCGAGCAUCGGCGCCAGCGUGCCCCCCACGCCGGCGGAGACGCCGACCCCGUGGCGUAUCUCCGCGGAGCUGGAGCGCGGCGGAUACUUUGCGAGCCUGCAGGCCACCGAGCCGGCCACCGAGAGCACGGAGCAGCUGGGCGCCGUCGAGACGGAACGCGAGAUCCCCGGCCUCCCGCCCAUCGACGGCGGCCGCGCCGCGCUCCUCUUCCUCCUGGGUGCCUGCCUCACCGAGGGCAUCGUCUGGGGCUUGCCCUACUCGAUCGGUGUGCUGCACGAGUACUGGCUCAGCACCAUGUUCAAGGACGGCAACGCCGAGGGCACGCUGACCAUGGCGUCCACUCUGCCCACCGCCAUGCUCCAGUUCCUCGGCCUGCCUCUCGGCCCGAUCUUUGCCGCCAUGCCAUGGCACGAGCGCCGCAUUCAAUUCGCCGGCAUCGCCAUCGCGGCCCUCUCGCUCGUCGCGUCGGCGUAUGUCACCAAGCCCUGGCACCUCGUCAUCACCUUUGGCAUCCUGUACCCGGCCUCGGGGGCCGUCUACCUCCCCUUCGCAGCCAACCUGUUCCAAUGGUACCACAAGUACAUUGGCCUGGCUACCGGCGCCAUGAUCUGCGGCACGGGCAUCGGCGGCACCGUGUAUCCGUUCAUCGUGACGAGUCUCCUCGCUCGCAUCGGGUACAAGUGGACCAUGAUCAGCAUGGGGGUGAGCUUUGCGCUGCUCCUCUCCCCGCUCGUGCUCCUCAACAAGCGGCGUAUCCCCGUCUCGCGCUUCCCCACCUCGCGAGACCACGCCGCACCCCGCCUCGACUGGGGAUGGCUGCGCCACCCGUCACCGUGGGUCGCGUUCGCCUGCAUCUUCAUCACGUCGCUCGGCGGUUUCAUCCCGCUCGUGUGGAUCCCGUCGUUCGCCGUCGCCGUCAACGCGACCAAGCCCGGAGGCACUGCUCUCGUCGCGCUCAUGAACGCGCUCACCAUCCCCGGUAACCUGCUCGCGGGACACUUGUCCGACCGCCUGCCAGUACGUUUCGUCAUGGGCGUGUACUGCGCCAUCGCGACGGCCGCAUGCCUCGUGUUCUGGGGCGUUCUCGGCACCACACCCGGCGCACUGCUUGCCUUUGCGCUUGUCUGGGCCAUGACGGCGGGAUGUCAGCCGGCCAUGUGGGCAACCAUGAUCAAGGUGUUUGCGCGCGGCGAUCAGAACGUGCCGCCGCUGGCCUUUGGCAUUGUCAUGAGCCUCCGGUCGGUGGGCAGUCUCACCUCUGGCCCGCUCUCGACGGCGCUCCUCAAGGCCCCUCCGAUGCACGGAUCCAUCGGCGCGUUCGGCCACACCAACUAUGGCACCCUCAUCAGCUUUGUCGCUGCCAUGACAUUUGGCGGUACGCUGACCAUGUUCGCCUUCCCAUCCAAGUAA